GUCACAGUAGCUUUGUCCAUAUUUUUUACAGUCUCUGGAUACUAUGUAUUUAAAUAUGCAUGUCUAUGGUCCCGUGACGCAGACGGACCAAUACAGUUGAGUGAGCCGGGUCCUUCUCGUGAAAUGGCUGCGAGCGGGCGAGGCGAUUAGGAGUACUUUUCAAUCUGCGUCAGUUGUAAACCAUCCAGUGACACAGUGAUAACAUUGUUGUACGCCCACACGUUCAAUUUACUGUAUAAACACGAAGACGUCUUACACCUGCUGUGGCCAGGCUCCCGAGGCAUACCUGCGCCCUGAAGACCGCAACUCGUGCACAAUGGACUGUAUGGUGACGGGAGGCCACGUGAAAGUGCUCGCCACGGCCAUCCAUUCACUGUCCCGGAUCGGGGAGGACUUGUACCUUCAGCCACAGGAAGAUGAGCUAGCUCUCCGCACGGUAAACUCGUCCCAUUCCGCAUAUGCCUGCUUCCUCUUCAGUCCGCCCUUCUUCCAGCAGUACUCCUCCUGCAAGAGCCCCACCUUCCAUUGCAAAAUGGCCAUCAAGUGUGUGCAGGCGGUGUUCAGAUCUCUCUCCUCUCUGGAGAAGAUGGUGGAGAGGUGUCGUAUUCAGCUGAACUCAGAGAAGAGCCGGCUCACUUUCACCCUUCACUGCAAACAUGGGCUGCUGAAGACACACAAUCUGUCGAUCCAGGACUGUGAGAGUCUGCAGGCCGUGUUCAACAAGGAGAGCUGCGCCAACGUACUGAGGGCACAGCCCAGGCUCCUAGUAGAAACAGUGCUGCACUUUCCCACCUCUGUGGAAGAAGUGAGUGUGUCGGUGAGCAGUGAAAGAGUGUGCUUCAGGAACCAUGUGGAGGAAGAGGCAGAGCAGAGUAAGGCUGUGCUGACGGAGCUCAGUCUCAGUGCUAAGGAGUUUGAGCAGUUUACAGUGGGCUGCCCCGGCCGCGUCACCUUCUGUCUCAAAGAGAUGAGGGGAUUGCUGAUGUUUGCAGAGUCCUCUGGUCUCCCCGUGUCUUUGCACUUUGAUGAACCAGGCAGGCCAGUGAUUCUGAGUUUGACAGAGAGUGUCCUGGAGGUCAACUUUGUAUUGGCUACAUUGUCCGAGGAUUCUCACCUGUGUAACCAUUUCAACAACAGCACUGAAUGCCACCAAAACCCCGCCCUUCUUCCGGAUGACUUCAUGAAUGAUGACAUCGACUCCUACCUCAUCGCCAUGGAGACCAGCGAGCUGGCCUCCGGGGGUUCUGGCUGCCCCCCGACCCUGCCACGCAAGGCCAGCAUGGGGCAGCUCAGGGCCAGAGCGUCCAGUGAGGGAGAGGAGGAGGAGGAGGAAGAGGAAGAGAUGGGCAGGCCGCCUAAUGAAAAGUUCCACUCCCUCUUCUUUGGUUCCAUGCUGCCCACUUCCUCACAGACGCUGCGAACCCAGGAAGUACUGGCUAGUGACAGCGAGAAUGAAGAGGAGGACUCAUCCUUCUGAUGUCAUCAAGGACAGAAAAAGAGAUGGAGAGAGAGAAAGAAGAGGGGAGAUUUUUCUGGUGUUCAGGUGUUUUAGCCCUAGUGUUCUAGACAGAGAAACAGGAGGAGGCAUCCUACACUCUGCUUUUCAGACUCUCAGAGACCAGAGACCCCACAGAGAACAGACAAAAAUGUGCCCCUGCAUGCACACACACACACAUGUAUUCACAUACACAGAAAAAUGUAACUUCUGCUUUAUUAUACCAUUGAGCUGUGAAGACGAAAUCCAAGACUGAAGAAUUAGAAUAAAGGAAAAAACUUGGAGUAAUAAUUUCUGCUAUUUUGUAUUAAUGUCAACAUGGAUUUCAAUUAAUAUACAAACUCAAAUUAAAAUAUUCUUAUUUUCCAGA